AUGGUGGAUGCCAAGCCACCAAGUGUGAUAAAUGCGGGAAAAUGGGUCAUCGCACUAAAAAUUGAUGGAGUAACAACAAAGAAAAAAAAAAACAAAGGCAAGAAAGAUGGAGGCAAUGGUAAUAGAAAUGAACAAGGACAAAACCAAGGCUGUUUCAAUUGUGGUGAUAUGGGACACUUCAAGAAAGACUGUUCCAAAGAAAUCAAAGGCCACGGACGAGCCUUUGUGGUUGGAGCCAAAGAAGCGCAACAGGAUCCCAACGUAAUCACCGGUACGUUUCCUGUCAACGAUCAUUUCGCUUCUAUUUUAUUUGAUACCGGUGCAGAUUUUAGUUUUAUACCUUUAGAAUUUAAAGAUAUGCUUGGACUAAAUUCAACUAAACUAGAUUUUCCAUUCACUAUCGAAUUAGCGAAUGGAAAGGUGAUUGAAUCCAAUAACAUUAUUAAAGGAUGCUCCUUGGAGUUAGGAGGACGAAAAUUCAAAAUUGACCUAAUGCCCGUUCAACUAGGUAGUUUUGAUAUUGUAGUUGGAAUGGAUUGGUUAUCUACCAACCAAGCCAAAGUCGUGUGUUACGACAAAAUCAUUUGA